CAGGCACGCGCUGUUAUCAGUCAGUGCUGAACAGGCUAACGACGCAGUUGCUCUUGAGUGGAGCAUCAUUUGCGGUUCGCUUUCUAUUAUUACCCGUACUUUAGUUCUAACAGUUGACAUCAGCAAUCAGAAUGCGAAGAUACCUCCAGCUGCUGGCACUGAUAACCCUCUGGUCGGUGAUUUCCGCUCACGUCUACAAUUGUGAACCGGGUACCGAACCAACUGUGUGUCGCAUCUGGAACAUGCACUACGACGAGGACAUAGCAGCCAAACAUCCCGCCAGUAUCCCGAGUGUUAAUUUCACGUCCACCGUCCAUACCGUACAGUUAUUGUUCGAGCGGUACUACUAUAAUCAACACAACCAGUUGAUGCGAUAUGACUCCACGUUACAUGGCACUGUGCUACGCAAUCCUGUCGUAGUGCAGAUUCAAAAAACACGAUUGCGAUACCUCUUCGUACCAACCAAUCUGCUAGAGGGUGAUUUUACGGACAACGUCAUCUCAGUGAUCGUAACCGAUAAGGCGCUAACGUACGAUGUUCGCUAUCUGGAUCUGGCAGACAAUAGUAUUCGCGAGGUUUCAAAUUUAACUGCCCUGAAGCAACUGCAGACACUCAAUCUGGAAAGUAAUCGGAUUGACAAGAUAGAUCCGGAUACGUUCAAAAGCAUGGCCAAUCUGACGAAUCUGUACCUGGGUAAUAAUCACAUUGCCAAAUUUGAUUUUAGCAUUUUACCGAAGAAUCUGAAAGUUCUGUGGUUAGCGCGUAACGAUCAGCGUACGAUCAAUCUGGAAAAUGUUGUUCUGUCCCAACUAAGGGAGCUCGAUUUGGAAACCAAUUCGAUAUCAUCGCUAGAUCUGGUGGCACUGUUUAAGGCCUUCCCCGCAAUUCAGGCUAUACCGAUCGCAUACAAUGCGUUCGAGAAGAACGAAGCGAAACGUAUCACAACAGAACUGAAGCGACGCAAUGUGUCCUACUACAUCGGAAUGGAGCGCGAUGGCUAUGUGGAUUGUGAUUACGAUGGGUAUCGCUUUGAAGAUCUGUGCCUCAACGAAUCAGUUAAUGAUUGGUCACUUGGGAAGGGAGCUGUCCUUCUAUCGAUAGCCAUACUAGUGUUGGGUGUGUUUGUGCUUAGUAUACGCUGGAUUUGGUACCAAAUGCGCUAUUGAACCCUUGUGCUAUUAGUGUUUAUUGUGAUAGUUUAUCAAGCCAAUAAAAUUAACCAAAUGUAUUAGAGGAAAUUAAACGUUUUUCACAAACAUCAGAUUGAUUUUGCUUCUCUUAAAAUUUUGGAAAUCAAUACUACAAUAAUGGAAAUUAGUAGAAAAGAGCACAUUAAACCCUAGUUAGCAAUGAUGAGUAUCAGUAGUUCAUGGAUUUGUUAUCAAUCAAAAAGGUGCCAAGAUACGUUCUUGUUUAAUGUUUAUACGUUCUUUCAGUUUGCUUGAAUCGUCGUAUGUUCCAAGCGUUAUCAGCAAUGUAAACGAUUAUUCUAUUCCGCUUAAUAUUCUGCGCCUAUGUUUCUGGCUAGUAAUGUACGAUCUGUUGAUCUUGUACAGGCGAUUUUUUUUUCUGCUUCUGCGAAAUAGCUUACUUGAUAAGUUUCAUGGAAGUACGUUUAUCGCGUUAUACGCCUGCUUAUUGGCGUGUUUGUAUUUCUUCGUAUUCAGUGUAAGCACAUGUUCUGUUGGGCUUUUUCUAGCAAAUGCUAACGAAACGAUAUCUGAAUUAUCAGUCCUGUGCGUAAGAGCGUAGUUCAGGAAAAAUUUAAUUGCUAUAAACUUGCUAUAAAGGCAGAUAAUAAAAAUCAUACACACUCGUGUCAUUUGUUAAACAGAUCACUUAUCGAUUACUUUUUGGGGAAACCUAGAAUAUACUAAAAAAAGAAAGAACAUGAAUUGUUCAACAUCUGAUGAGACGAGAAUAUCGCUUAAAAAAUAUUAGAUAAUUCUUCUUUUUUGUGGAACUAACACCUCAAAAGCGUCACAGUCUGGCACUUCUGGGCUUCCUUGACUUUAAUUUAACGUAGUGUGAUAAUUUGUCCUGCUUGGGGUGGGUAUGGUGCGGAUGGGAUGAUCCUCAAAACUACACAACCGGCGUGAGAGAAUUUAUUAUGCAGAAGUUGAUCAGUAGCGGCCAACAAAACAAGUCACGCAAAAGACACCAAACAAUCCAGUUUCAAUAAAAACCAAGCAUAAUGACACCAAGACUAA